GGACAUGGGGCGGGUCUCCUGGUGUUGAUGGUCGGUUGAUGAUUUACAUUAAUAAUAGAACAACAGUCUUCUUGUUCGGUUGUGACAGUUAUAGGGGUAUCAUUGGCAACGACAAUUAACGUUACUGAACUUUGGCAAAUUGAAACAUUGCUCUGCGACUGAAACUGAUGAACACUGACUGCGGCAGAUAAAGACUUUCUGCUGGACAAAGACAGGAAGGAAUACAGUAUCAACAGCGAGUUCAGAUCAAAGCCUGGAAGGAGGACCGAGAGAAAAGAGCAAUGUUCAAAACAAUCACCCGUCUGCUUUUUGGGGGACAAGAAGAGGCCCCCGAAGAUGUAAAGUCUGGUGAAGUGGUGGAAGAAGGGUGGCUAGUUGUGAGUCAUCCAGAGGUAGGUUCAGCUGAGAACCAGUGUACAAAGCCGACUGACACCCAGUCAUCAAACUCUGAUCUUCAUGGAGCCAUGGUUGCAAACAUGGAAAGUGACUUCAGCGUCUUGGAUCCAGAGCACACAGUGGAAAGCAGCAGCAGCAGCAGUCAUACCAUCACAGGCUCUGUUUGCCAUCCUAAAGCUGUGUUAGAAGUGACACAGUUGACCAGCAUCCAGAAGGCUAAAACCUGGGCAGACCCACACCACAUGUCUCGUAACGCCAUUCAGCGCCAGAACCGCGCUCGACAAGGAGUCCAACAUCAAUCCUUCCACCUCCAACAGCCAGGACAGCGCAACCUCAGCCACUGAGGCUCUGGUUGUAAAACUGCAACGGUUCAACGUGAAAUAAUCCAAGACAUGCUGUACUUCUCCAAUUCUACACACAUCUUGUCUUGUGCAUAUUCACUGUUACAUCUGAUCUGGAUGUAACCAAUGACCACAAUAUUACAACAGGCCUCUAUAUAUAUAACUGUAUAAGAAAAUCACUAUGUUUUCAUAUUUUUGGGCAUGUGGAUGAGUGCAGCCUCUAUAUCCAUUAUUUAGCUAAAUUUGUAUAGUUUAAAACUUUUUUUAUACUACAAUAAAAAUAUGUACUCUGCAGUUUGUGCUUUAUUUUUUGUAUUCUAAUGACAAAAUGCUAGUGAAUGGCUCACACAGGUCCAAAUGUUGACAUCUGAUUGGUUGGGAGGUUAUUGCACCUGCUGUGUUCAAUUACAUAGUUAGCUCAGAGAGGAGUUCAGCUUACGGACUCUUACCAUCAGUAGAAACUGUUCGCGAGCGGAUUUAAUCUGUGCUGGUGUGGACAAUGAGGAUGCAAACUUCUCCUGAAACAAAACUUAACCAGCAGUUAAUGUGCAGUUACAACAGUUUUUGUGGCUCAUCCAAUUUGGCUGAUGGCUCAAAUGACGUCACCUGCAAUGAGAAUCAAAACUGUGACUUCAGCCAUCUUCCAAAGGACGUCCCUCUGAAACCGCUGGCCUCUGGUAGUCCACAUUUGUUUGACCAUAGCUUGUCUGACCUCGAAGAGACGGACAAGGACUACUCCAGUCAGGACACAGUCAUUCACAUCUGUGCUGUAUCUAUCACCUUUGCCGUUGGAGUCACCAUUGCUUUGAUCUUGCACGUCUUUCUGGGUGUGUUCGUAGAAGGUGUGGUGGUUUCGGAUCACGCGCACUGCACUGCACUCGGCCAGACAGCCCUCAAUCAUGGUGGAUCCAGCGUGGAUGCAGCCAUCGCUGCCGCCCUGUGUUUAGGUGUUGUGCAUCCACAUGCGUCAGGUGUUGGUGGAGGUGGGGUGAUGCUGGUUCACGACCUCCAUAGGAAGGAAACCACAGUGAUAGAUUUUCAGGGAACUGCACCUAAGGCACUUAAAGAGGUGAUGCUGCAAAAUGGUUCUAGACUAAAGGCAGGUCUGCAUGUGGGGGUGCCAGGUCUACUCAAAGGGCUACACCAUGCUCACAGCUUGUACGGCAGUUUAUCAUGGGAGGAUGUGGUCAACAGAGCCGCCGCUAUUGCCAAAGAAGGUUUCAAUGUGUCUUUCAGUCUUUCCGAGGCCAUAUCAAAGGUAAAGGGCGAGCACCUGUCCCAACGUUUUAGGGACACGUUCCUUCCAGGUGGCCGACCUCUUCUUCCUGGGUCAUUUCUGAGGAUGUCCAGUUUGGCUGCAGUCCUCCAGGCUGGUCUGUCCAACUUCUAUGAUGGUAACUUCUCACUGGAGAUGGAGGAUGAGGUGCGAGCAAACGGAGGGGUCCUGAGCAGAGAAGACAUCAGUAACUACAGCGUAAAAGUAGGGCAGCCAUUGGAAAGCCUGUACAAUGAAUUUGUUAUCAAAGUUCCUCCUACUUCCUUUGCUGGUGCAACGUUGAUAUCAGCCCUCAAACUGUUGGAGGGCCUCCAGCUCAACGGAAACAAUAACACAGAAAAUCAAACGCACCACUGGAUUGCUGAGGCUGUGAAAGGAGCGUUGGCUAUAGCCAGUGGUUUGACUGACCCUUCACAUAACUCUUCACUGACUGAGCUGCUCUCUGAUUUGCUGAGUAUGAAUCAGGCUGAAGUGCUUCUCCAGAGGAUCAAUUCCUCCCAUACCUCUCCACCCGGGUACCACUCCCUACUGACUGAGCUCAUGGCUGGACAAGUAGUAGUCAUGGGGCCAGAUGGACUCAUUGUGUCAAUUGCAAGUUCCUUGAGCACGCCAUUCGGCAGCAGGCUCAUAACCGCGUCGGGCGUCAUUCUCAACAGCGUCAUCCUUGACUUCUACUGGCCAAACAAAACACCAGGACGACGCUUAUCCAAUCAGAAAUCCCGAGUGCAACCAGGAGAGAGGCCCCAAACAUCUCUCAUGCCGACAAUAGUGGUGCCAGUGAGCCAUAAAUGUGGGCUGUACAUGGCACUAAGCAGUUCAGGUGGACGCCGAAGUUUGAGUGUUAUAACUCAGGUGUUUAUUAGGGCACUGUCCUUGAACAAAGAGAGAAAUGAAAGCCUCUCCCUAGGAAAACUCGACUCUAAUCGUCAGCCAAAUCGACGUCUUGAUUACUCGGAGUUUCCAGAAGAGAGUCUGCAGUUUGAAAAAGGCGGUGUGCUAACAGGAGUGAAGAUGAACUCUGUCUUCCAGGGAAUCCAGAUGGAUAAUGAUAUAAUUACUUCAAUAACCCUUUAAUUAUGUUUUAUUACAGUUCUCAUGAAUAUUCAACGAAGAUGUGUGGUAGUAUUUGGAUGAGCUUCUGUUUCACUGCAAGUUUAUCGGUAGGCCAAACUGUAUUGUAAUGGAUUUGCGAGUGAUUGCUAUCAAGGGAAGGAUUUAUGAACCCCAUGCAUGCUGAAAAUGAUGGCUCCUAUUUGCUGUUAAGAGACUGUCAUGCAUAUCAGGUCUGGUAUGUAUGUCACAUGUGGUAAGCCUGAAUGCAGAAAAACAUGUCAACCAUCUACCUGCUGACUAAGUUAUUUGCAGCAAUAUUUCAAGGUAUCUUUGAACUCUAAAGAAACUAAUUUAGACCUGUUGUCUUGUACGUUUAUUCUGAAAAUGAAGCUGCUGAGAUUUGAGGUUAAAUCAUAACCUGUACGGUUUG